AUGAACGUCCCGCUAUACCUGCUCAUCGUCGCGCACUUGGUGGCCGCGGCGCAUCGCUACGGCGAGGCGAGGGAGGAGGAGGAGCAGGAGGUCCGCUCGGGGCGCAGAACUUGCCGGCUCUACUGCAGGGUGGGUAUCGGUUUCCACCUCCAGAUCCACCCAGACGGACGAAUCAACGGUAGUCAUGAAGCAAACACUCUCAGUGUUCUGGAGCUAUUUGCUGUAUCGCAGGGUGUGAUUGGCAUCCGAGGAGUAUACAGCAACCGAUUCCUGGCCAUGAAUAACAGAGGACGUCUUCAUGCCACUGUGUCAUUUACAGACGACUGCAAGUUCCGUGAGCGUUUCCAGGAGAACAGUUACAACACAUAUGCUUCUGUGCUUCAUUGGAACCGAAGGACUGGCCGCCAGUGGUUCGUGGCCCUCAACAAGCGAGGCAAAGCCAAGAUGGGCUCCAGCCCACGGGUCAAAGCCCAGCACGUAUCCACACACUUCCUGCCCAGGGUCGGCCUUGGCGUAAACAGCGAGCAUGGAUUUGCCAUUACAGACAGGAAAGUCGACGAGCGUCUGCAAACCCCACCUAAACUAGAGAAACCAAAGGUCCGGGUCGGGACGCAGCCCAGACAAGUCAAGUACUGGCCUAAGUAUCGCUUUGGAUAG